AUAGGAAAAUGUACGACAACGAGAACGACUAACAUUCUUGUUCGGAUAACAAAGAAAAAAUUGUUUACUUCGCAUUUUAUUCUGUUAUAUAAGUUAAUAUGUUUAUAUAAGUUAAAAAAUAUAGAAAUAUGGGAGAAAAAAAGAGAGUAUAUAAAUAUGUCUUUCCAUGAAGAAUAAAAAAUCAUUUGUCGUAUGAUUUUUGAGACACAUCAUCGUGGUCCUACCGCAACAUUUUUAAAGUAUAAAAAAAAAAAAUUAAAGAGGAUAUAUCAGAUUGUGAUAAUCAGCUGACAUUGACAAGUGAAUAUAAUUAUUUGUAACUAUUAACCUACAAUAUCAUACAGUGAUCAAAGCAAAAUAGUAAAAGAUAAUAAAAAAUAUACUUGGUCAUAUAAGAGACGUUGUUUAUAAAAAAAAAAUUGUCUUUAUUGAAAUAUAAUUACGUAAUUUUCAUUGUAAAAUAAAUAAUAAAUGGCAAUUAAAAUUAUUAUUAUUGGAGCUGGAGCUGGAGGAACAGCAGCAGCUGCACGACUUAGUAAAAAAGGUUUUAAUGUUGAAGUUUAUGAAAAAAAUUCUUAUAAUGGUGGAAGAUGUUCAUUGAUUAAUCACAAUGGUCAUAGAUUUGAUCAAGGACCAUCAUUGUAUCUUUUGCCAAAAAUAUUUGAAGAAACAUUUCAAGAUUUGGGAGAGGAUAUUAAUAAUCACAUUGAAUUAUUAAAAUGUCCAUCAAAUUAUAGUGUACAUUUUCAUGAUGGUAAAGUAUUUGAACUGACAACUGAUUUAUCAAAAUUAUCAACUGAAUUGGAAAAAUACGAAGGAGAUAAAGAAUCAACAUUAAUAAAUUUUUUUAAUUUUCUAAAAGAGGCACAUAUUCAUUAUAAAAAGGGUAUUAAUGUUGCAUUAAAAAUAGAUUUUCAAAAUUGGUAUAAUUUUUUUAAUCCAAAAUAUUUACCUCUUGUUAUGAAACUUCAUAUUUUUGACAAUGUUUAUAAUAGAAUUUCUAAAUAUUUUAAAAGUGAUUAUAUGAGAAAAGCAUUUACAUUUCAAACAAUGUAUUUGGGCAUGUCACCGUAUGAUGCAGCUGCUCCCUAUAAUUUAUUACAAUAUACAGAAUUGGCUGAGGGAAUAUGGUAUCCAAAAGGUGGAUUUAAUAAAGUACUACAAAGUCUUGAAAAUAUUGCAAUAAAACAUGGAGCCGAGUUUAAUUACAACAGUGAUGUCAAGGAAAUACUUAUCGAUGAUAAUGGUGUUGCUAAAGGAAUAAAAUUACAAAAUGGGAGUAUAAUAGAUAGUGAUAUUGUCAUUUGUAAUGCUGAUCUUGUUUAUGCAUAUAAUAAAUUAUUGCCAAAUACACCAUAUGCUGAUAAACUUGGCAAACAAAAAUUGACAUCAUCAUCAAUAUCAUUCUACUGGUCAAUGAAAAAAAUAAUACCACAAUUAAAUAUGCAUAAUAUAUUUUUAUCUGAAAACUAUAAAGAAAGUUUUGAUCAAAUAUUUAAAGAUCAUAAAUUGCCAGAUGAGCCAUCAUUUUAUGUUAAUGCACCAAGUCGUCUUGAUCCAACAGCAGCACCAGAAGGCAAAGAUAGUAUUGUUAUUCUUGUACCAGUUGGUCAUUUAACAAAUAAGCCAAAUAUUAAUUUUGAUAAUGUAGUCAACACAGCUAGACAACAAGUUAUUGAAAUAAUGGAAAAACGAUUAAAAAUAACAAAUCUACGAAGUCUUAUUGAACAUGAAAUUGUUAAUGAUCCUAGAACUUGGCAGAGUGAAUUUAAUUUAUGGAAAGGAUCUAUACUUGGAUUGUCACAUUCAAUAUUUCAAAUAUGCUGGUUUAGACCCAGUUUAAAAUGUAAAAUAUUUGAUAAUUUAUAUUUUGUUGGUGCAUCAGCACAACCUGGUACAGGUGUACCAUUAGUUUUAUGUGGGGCAAAAUUAUUAGAAAAUCAAAUAUGCAAUAAAUAUUUAUCAAAUGACGAUAAAAAAAAAGCUAUAAAAUCAUCAAGUAAAUUUAUAACUUAUAUUUUUAGCUUAUUUAUUUUUAUUAUUUGUGCUUAUUUAUUCAUAUAAAUAAAAAUUUGACAUUCCUAAAUGUUUAUUUUUUUAUUAAUCUAUUGUAAUAAAAUUUUGAUACUUAUUUAGUAAUUAACAAAUAUAUAAAUCUAUUGAAAAAAAAUAAAUAAUCUUCAAAAUGUUCUUUUUCUUUAUUAAAAACAAAAAAAAAAAAAAAUAUUUUCACCUAAAUCUUAUUAAUAUCUUAUGAUUUUUAUAUGAUUGACAUGUUAUCUUUCGACAGCUUGUUUUUUUCCUCCAAGUGUAGAUAAUUUAAUAAUCGAAUAAGUAUUCAUUGAUGCAUGUCGUAAUAAAUUUAAUAAACUAUUUCACCAUUGAAAAAUAACUUUAAAUUAUAUAAUUCUAUGAAAUAUUUUAUUAUGCGCAUUUAUUCAAUCAGUACUUAUAUGCGUAUUAAAAAAAAAAUCUUUUUUUAUUAAACAAUAAAUAUUUCCAAAUAUAUAUGUUUGACAUAACAUAAAAAAAUCAUCAAAUGAUAGAAUGGCAAUUGUUUUUGUCAAAAGUAAAUAUAAGGUCAAAAAAGUUGAAAAAAAAAAAAUAA